CAUGUGAUGCUACUCAUGUUUCAGACUCAUCAUGAUAGGACGACACUCUUUAGUUCCACAGGAUUUGCUGGUUACCUUGACAGCCUUACRUCAACAGAAUUUGUAACACUGACUCGCAUGGUAGAAGGCUAUGUUGUUGAUUGUGAGGCAAUAUGUGGUAGACAAAGUCACAGUCUACGUGCCACACUGCUCUCACAAGCCAAAAAAUUCAUUGAAAGAUUCCAUGAGGAACGAAGAAAUAAAUURGGUUUAAUUUUAGACAACGAACGAUGGAAACAGGCAGAUGUUCCUGCUGAAUUCCAAAGAUUAGUGAACUCACUGACUGAUGGUGAGUAUGGCAUUGUGAUGCUGGAUCCUCAUGAUCUGGCAAUAAUCAUGAUUUAUAUUGAAGACAAUGAUGAAGAUGAUAAUGAUG